AUGCCGCCGCCAAAGGCUGCCGGGGCAACGGCCAAGAAGCAGCGCUUGACCCUCUCCCAGCUGGCCGCUUACGACGACAUUCUAACGGAUGCGCUCGUCGACCAUGCUUUUUAUUGGGCCACGGUUCCCAAGAAUCGCUCGUCUUACCACCCAUCACGGGGGAUCCGAGAGGGUGAGGUGGCCAAGAUCAUCCAGGAGGAUGUCGUCGUGAACAAGGACCUCGAGGCCGCCGAGAAGCGGCUGCUGACGUCUGUGGACGGCCUCAAGAGGUAUGUCAAUGGCCUGAGGCUGGACAAGGAAAAGGCCGAUUUUGUGCAGCAUCUGCGACGAUAUCUUCGCAUCUACAUGCCCGACUGCCCUUGGGAGGUCAGCACCACCAACCGAUACACCAUCGUCACCCACGAAGCAUGCGUCAUUGCCAGGCGAUACAUUAAGCGCAAUGAGACGAUCAAGUACCUCUCCGGCAUACAAAUCAACAUCACCCCCGAGGAGGAAACGGAAAUCACGGUCCGCAAAAAGGACUUUAGCAUCGUGGUCAGCUCCAGGAAGAAGUGCACCAGCUUGUUCAUGGGACCGGCGCGAUUCGCCAACCACGAUUGCCGCGCAAACGCCAAGCUCAUGACCACCAGUCAGUCCACCAUUGAGAUUGUGGCCUCUCGGCCCAUUGAAGUCGGCGAGGAGAUUACAGUCACGUACAGCGAUUGCUAUUUUGGGGAAGACAACUGCGAGUGUUUGUGCCGAACAUGCGAAAAAGAGCUGAGGAAUGGAUGGGCACCUGAAGGCGAAGCGGUCAACGUGAAAAUCAGCGUCGAAAACGAUGAACGGAAAGAGACGUACUCUCUGCGGAGACGGCGGAGGGACGACAGCAUUGGCGGCUCCUCGCGCACUUCCUCGGUGACGCCCGACAUGCGGCCACGCAUCUACAAGACGAAGCCAAAGGUGAAGAGGCAGGAUGCUCAGGAAACAUCUGCGAUUCCGACCCCCGCGCCCGAAGCAACGCCGCGAGGGCGGAAACGAACCAUGGACGCAAUGGCGACUCCGCCAAUCACACCGGCCAAGAGGCUCAAGCUCUUGUCCGAAUCAUCCACCGCUUCGUCAAAUCUACUCUCUCUCCCCAGCGCGGCCUCGAGCGUUGACGACUCGUCGAGCACCAGGAGCGUGACCCCCAGCCAUGCGGAUGCCCGCGAGACGGAUACCGCGUCGCCCGAAAAGGAGAGCCCGCAGCCAGAGGCGCAGACGUCGCCAAGAUUCUCAGCAGAGCGUUUGGACACAUCCAAGAAUGAGCAGCGACACGGCUAUAAAGACGUCACCAGCAUCACGGUGGAGCCCGUUUCUCCUCGGAGCAUGGGAAGCCGUGCAUCUCCAGACAUGGUACCGGUAGAGGCUCCCGUUCAGUCGAUCCCAAGGCCACGGCAGCUGAUAACCAUGUCGAUUUCUUCCAUCCUCAACGAUCCAUCAUCCACCGACGAUUCUCCCGAAGCAUACUACCCUUUUGUGGCGAAUGUACGAGUGACUGGCCAGCCCGUGGUCGAGUCAAAGUUUGAGCUCAUUCCCGAGCCAGAAGAUGAGCAGCCGGAACAGGAGCAACCAGAAAUCAAAAUCGAGGCAGAAAUUCACGUCAAGACGCACCUAGACGUGGAAAUUGAAGCAGAGGCCGAGGCCGAAUCAACAAUAGAGGCAGCGACAACGAGUGCGGACAAACCGAAGCGCCGCAAACGACAAGCUCCAAUUCCCAAACAAUCGACACCACCUCCCGCUCGAGUACGCAAACCCGGCGACUAUGUGCUCACGCCGUUACUCCUGUCGGAGCCCGACAUGGCAUGGAUUCAGUGCACAAACUGCAGCGACUACUUUGUUCAGCAGAACGCUUACUUUACCCGGUCUUCUUGCCCCAGGUGCGAGCGGCACUCAAAGAUAUACGGCUACGCAUGGCCCAAGACGGACAAGACGGGGCCAUCAGACAAAGAAGAGCGCAUCCUCGAUCACAGGAUGAUUCACCGGUUCCUCGAUUCCAACGACGAGCGGAGGGCAAGAGGUCGAAAACUUUUGAGCGAGAGCAGAGACGAUACACAGGAGCUGGAUGACGAUCGGGGCAGGGCGACCAAGAGAGGGCCCAACAGAGCAGGUAAUACAAGUCGGAAAGACGAAGACUCGGGAGUUCGAAGGAGUGGCCGCGCGAGGCGGGUGAGCAGCAGGCUCACUGAGGAAUGA